CUUCAUUUUCCAUCGAUCAAUUGAAAAAGGGGGAAAAAAGAGCUGAAAAAGAGAAAUUUACAGAUCCAAAACCUGACUUUCUCGUGCUCUAUCAUCUCACACACUUCUUUCGAUCCAGGUAGCUCGUCUUCAAUUUUAAAUUUUUCUAUGCGAAGAACAAAAUCCCAGUUUUCUCCCUCAACUUCCGCGGCUUAGCACAGAAACCCUAUAAACUCCGAUUUUUAAUUAGGAGCUCCAGUUGGGUUCAAUGUUUGGAAUGAUAUGUAUAUUCACGAUGUGCUAACUUUUGCGUGAACAUCCUGUUGGUCCAUAUCGAAACGAAUGAUCGUGUUUGAUCUCGGGAAUUCCCGGAGAGAAGUUCUGGUGGCUGUGAUAUUGUAAUAUUUUGUUUUGAGUAUGUGGGAGUUUUAUUUGUAGAUUUAUUUUGAUUAAAGAAUGGUGUAGCUUAAUAUCAGCUUUAUGUCCAUUUAAACUAGCUGUCUUUUUUAAACUUUGGGUUUGGUGUUAGUUGAUGAUGGUUAGGCUGUGAUUAUGGAGCAUUCAGGAACUUGGGUUUGGGAUAAGAUAUAUGAGAAUUGAUUAGCAGAUUAAAAUUUUGAGUUCUUGAGGAGUGAGUUUCUUGGAGAGGCAGUUAGAGCUAAACUGUUUUGAAGAGCAUUUUGUAUAUACUCAUCAUUAGAUUUGUGUAGAAAUGAGCUUAGAAAAUGAAGAACAUCAUUCAUUAGGUCCGCCUGCGGUUACCAGCAUGGAAUCUCAAAAGAAAUAUAGAAUUUCAUAUACCAGAGAUUUUUUGCUGUCAUUUAGUGAGCUGGAUGUUUGCAAAAAGUUACCCCCAGGAUUCGAUAAAAAAAAUUUGAGUGAUUUUGAGGAUACAUCACAAGAUCGGCAAAGAAUUCCUGGCACCUUCUCAGGUUACAGGCGUAAUGAAUAUAGUUCAUCACCACCUACGAGAGUGGAAUUGGAUAAUUAUUCCCGGGGUCUUCAUGGACGGUGGGACAGUCACUCUUGUGGAAAGAGUGAUAGAGAUAGUGAUACCCAAUCUGAUUGGGAUUCUGAUCAUGGACGACGCCAUGGUAAUCAAUUCCGGCGAUCUUGGCAAGGUCCUGAGCAUGAUGGGCUUCUGGGGAGUGGUUCUUUUCCUCGACCAUCUGGAUUUACGGCAGGAGUUUCUGCACCAAAGUUUCGAGCUACUGAUCAAUACCAUCUAAAUAAAAGUAAUGAGCCAUACCAUCCACCCCGCCCUUAUAAGGCUCUACCUCAUUCAAGGAGGGAAACUAAUGACUCGUUUAAUGAUGAAACAUUUGGUUCCACUGAGUGCACUAGUGAAGAUAAGGCAGAAGAGGAAGAAAAGAAGAGGAAGGAACAACAGAAGGCAUUCCAGGAGAAGAAGAUUAAUCCUGAAAGACGUAAAGAUGACUUUGAUCUUUCUGAAUUGUUAGUGGACUCCAAAGAUGAUAAAGGACCUGCAAACAGAAACAUGGAAUCAGAUGAACCUAUUCUGGCAUCAAAAAUUGUUUCUGAAAAAUCGUCUCUUUCCAUACAAACUCCUGCUUCCAGACCACUUGUACCACCUGGUUUUGCAAGUACAGGUUUGGAGAAGACUUUUGGAAUCAAAACUUCAAUGCAACCCGUUCUUCACAGAGAUGAUUCUGCUAGGACAAAACAUGUUGGGAGUUCUGAGAUUGAGGGAAACCUGUCAGAGUCCAAAGGCAACCUUCUCUUUAAUGGGAUUUCUGAUGAUCUUCCGGCCAAACAGUCUAAACAGCGUGAAGGGGAAACUUCAAGUGAGAAGAGGCUUGAAAGUAAAAUCAUUCAUCUUUUAGACAAUAAAAAGAGUGCAAAGGCUCCAAAUUUCUCUUCAGCUUUAGGUAAACUUAAUGAGACAAUAAGCAAGGAUUCUCAUAUAUACAAGAGUUAUAGUCUUUCAGAAGCCUUUUUAGGCCCAGAAAUCAUUGAAGUUACUGAACUUGAUUCCAAGAAGCUAGCCAAUAAAAUGUUGACUGAAACCAGUCAAGAUGGUUCAACUUCAAUUCUAGACAAGAUUUUUGGCAGUGCUGUAAUAGCAGAUGGAGCUGGCUCAACUAAUUUCACUGAGCCUAAUGAUAGCAAUGCUGAUGAGACUUGGUCCCUUGACAGUUCCCAUUCUUCUAAGUUUGCUCAUUUGUUUCUCGAUGAAGAGAAGAAAUCAAUGGAUGAUCUCUCCCAUCACAGGCCUAAAGACUUGCUCUCAUUAAUUAAGGGUGGUGAGAAAGGUGGUUCCCAUGAUAGGAUGGUUACUAAGCAUGUAGCGUCAAACUUCCCAUUUCAAUGCUCUGAAUUUGGGGUCAGGCAUGUUAGAUCAAAUUUGAUGCCUACGGGAAUUGUGAACUCUGAGCAAUCAUGGAAUAUUAAUGAUGUUAAUAACUCAGCAGCGGUUCCAACAGUCCUUACAUGUGAGGAUCUUGAAAAGUCUAUUCUGUCAGAAAGCUCUGAAAAUGAUCCGAGUUUGCCUCCUGUUGAAAGAUGGAAAAUUCCUGAUGCCGAAUGUGAGAAGCAAGAAGUUAAUGUCAACAAUCAUGCAUCCCAGCACCUUCUUUCAUUAUUACAAAAUAAAACAAGUACAAACACUAUACUAUCAUCUGCCAAUCAUGAUAUUAGGCCUUCAGAAAUGGUGCAAACUGCUGAAACACCAACUGGUGACAUGGCACCUUGUCAUUUGAUAGACACAAAUGCAGAAAAUGCUUCUGGUUCAGGGAAGAGUCUAACUCUUGAAGCACUUUUUGGAAGUGCUUUCAUGAAGGAACUACAAUCAGUUGGAGCACUGGCUUCUGUUCAGGGGUUCAUUUGA